UCCAGCUUUGACUGACUUGAAUUUAUUCCAGCAAGCUGCCUCGUUAGAAAAAGUAUUGAAAGAGCAACAGCAACAACAACAGUUGGAGCUGGAGCGCGCUUGGGAUAGAGAAAAAGAAAUUAAAGGGAAUGGAGAGACAAGUCCGACUUCAGAGCACAGGGUGCACGAAUUAUCACCCCCGCCUGCUGCGGAUGCACAAAAAGUUCUGGGAGCAUCCAUACCUGCCACGCAGGCUCAACUCACACCAGGAUCUCAGAUGAUAGGGUCUCCUGUUUCUGGACUACAUCAUCACAUGCAACAACUUUUACAACAACACGUACUAAGUCCUUCGCAACUGUCGACCUUAAUGAAACAACAUUCUGUCUUACAACAGCAACAUCAUCAGCAGCAUCAACAAUUAGCCGAAUUAGGGAAGAAACAGAUCGAGCAAACAAUUCAACAAUUACAAGAACAACUGCAACUUAAUCUCAUUCAACAAACGCAGAUUUUACAAAGUACAGAUAAGAAAAAGGCUUCUGCUUCUUUACAGCAAUUAGCUUUGCAACAGCAGCAAUUAAUUCAGCAGUUACAACUCAUUCAACGGCAGUAUGUUGUGCAUCAAGGAAUGGGGAUGCAACCUAUGAUGCUCGUACAAGGGUCCGGCUUGAACAAUAGGGAUGUGAUGAGUCCAUGGAAAGACCCUAGCAUAGAAAUUCCUUCAUCUCUUCCAAAUAGUAAACCCAUAUCAGACGUAAAUGGGCUUAUAGGUGGCUUAACACCAAGUAGGACAAACAGGGAGGAGGUCCCAGGGGAAGAAAAAGCCGAUGGCACUAACACGCCGGACAAAAUUCAACAUUUGUAUGGCCAUGGUGUCUGCAAAUGGCCAGGUUGUGAAGUUAUUUGUGAAGACGUGCAAGCUUUUAUGAAGUAAGGUUUCAUGAGAGUAUUUUAUUAAUGACUAACAACUUUGGCAUUCUUACCCAUAUUGGUCCAUGUUUAUAAUAAUAAAUGUAAAUAUUUUUAAAAGAUACAUGGGGGUCGUUCAUAAAAUACGUUCGGAAAUAAGGUGCAAAGAUGAAGGGGGGGGGCGGCUCUACAAAAAUGUGACGUUCCCAGUCAUCAAUUUUAUAUAAUCAAUUUUAUAUAAUUGUUAUUUUUAAAAAUUUUCAUUUCCUUAGAAAGUCAUUCUCAUUGUUUAUAGGAAGGGGCAGAGUAGUUUUUGUGGGGUAAUAUUUGUUCGCUUAAAGUGUGACGAAGGGGUAGGGAGGGUUAAAAAGGUGAAAUUCUGAGUGCCGCACUUUAUGUACGACCCCAUAGGUAUGUUUAUGUUUUAUAUUUAUUAGGGGUUAAUUCAAUUUUUUAUCACCUUAAAUUGUCGUUUAAAGUUAAAAUGAAAAAUAUAGACCCUCUGAAGUUCAAAUAUGCGAAAAUAGGACAAAAAGAGUCCGCAUCAAGGAAAAGUAAUAAAGUCAUGUCGGAGGAGAUUUACAUUUAAAUCCGGAGGAGUUGUAAUCAAACGACUUGCAUAUUAAUUAAACAUAGCGUAAUUAGAGUUUUUAAGGCAAGAUUCUGAGCUAAU